UUGAGUCGAGGGGCCAAGCUAAGCUUUGAGCUGAGUCGUGAGUCGUGAGUCGUGAGUCUGAGUUGAGCUAGCGAGUGGAUGGAAAGGUGAUCGCGCGCUGUGCCCAACGGUCUUGUAUGCGCGUCGCAAGUCGCGCGCGCCUGUGUGCUCAAGCCUCACGACUCACGACUUCACUUUGACUGUGUCUGCAUGCACCAAGCGAAUGCUGAUUGUUCGAUUGUGGAUCGUUGCGCUCUACAAACUUCGUUCUUGGCCCCAGCUACUACGCAUGCCAUAUCCAUGCGUCAAGCGAUCCUUCGCGCCAUGGAGAAGCUCCAGCGAUUGGGAGAUGCGAUCUGGGUUUGAAACACGCUCGGUGUGGUCUUCAUGCCUCGCUCCCGCCUACCACCACCACUACCGGUCGACAUCGAGCGAUCCCCGACAAGAGACGGAAAAGAAGGCCAAGCGGGCACCCUACCCAUCAUGAGCAAUGGUCAGAGCGGACUUCGCAGUCGCAGCCACGCUCACGGCACGCAGAACGGUGCUGAACGCUCCAGCGCGCCGGUCGUCGUGUCCAAUGGGAAUCGCACCCACCUUCCGUCUCCUCGACACUCCAAGGACAAUCACGAAUCCCAUCUUACUACUCAGAACGCAAAUACGGUCCUCGCGGCAAAGUACGCCGAGACGUUGCGCCUAGCAGAAGCGGACCGGUCUCCUCCUCUCCUCUCUCGCUUGGCCCUGCUUUGCUUUGUCGCGCUGCUCAGCUUUUACGCGCUCAGGGGCAGAGCGCAAGUGUCUGGCUGGAAGAUGAUCAAUGAGCGGAAUCUCGCACUUGGUACUGCCACACAUCCGGACCCGAAUGGAUGGGUAGGAUGGAUGGACCUUUUAGGACCUUUUCGAAAUCUAGCUCACAUCAGACUGGCAAGCUCGACGGAUUUUGCCGGUCAGGACGACGAGGAAGCCUUGCGAGGCUUGGAUUGGGCCGCAGGAACGCAAGACUUUUGGUCCGAAGACGAUUGAAGCGUCGAGCUGGAUUCCACGUCGACUGUCGUGCCCGGGGCCAGACUUGCCCGCAAACGCCGUCACCUUUCCUGUCUAGUGAAGGGCAGCCAAAUGGGACCGAGACGAACAAGGCGGGCAAGGGAACUUGCUUGCGCUGAGCCGCUCUUCGCAUCGCGACUCGCAACACAGUCACGCGUGCUGUGCGACUCAAAAAACACAUGCGAGACCACUUCACUUUCGAGGACGCU